UGUGGCCGUUUUACAACAUUUUAUACUCAAAAUAGUAAAUCGCUUUGAUGUUUAACCAUUAGUUUGAGAUGAUUAAAAAUUAUAUCGAAUUGCCAAUAAGUUUUUAAGUCCUAAAUUAUCCCACUACUAAAAAUAUGACGGCCUAGGGAAUACAACUCUGCCACACUGGUUUUGACGUUUUCUUGUGUACAUCUUUCGCAUCCUCAGAAAAAAUUAGAGAAGUUUCAAUAAAGCGUAUUUUUGGACUAAAUAAAUACAUAAUUUUGGUAUUUUCAAUCACAGUAAACGUUAACCAUGCGUUCACGUUCUCGAACGCGUUCUCGUAGUCGUCGUCGUUCUCCAGAAAGUCGUAGACAUAACUCUCGUGAUCGUAAUGUAGCAAGCCACAGAGCACGAGAUCAACAUCGUCGAAGGAGCUCACGGGCGAGAACUAAGUCUUCUUCAACAUCAAGAUCACCAUCCAUAUCAAGGGUCCGUAGAAAUUCUAGAGAAAAUCGACGCAAUCAAUCUCAUCGACGUUCGAGAAGCAGUAGUAAAAGUCGCACUACCGCCACUCAUGAUAAAGAAGUUGUGGAGCGUUGGCCAAACGAUAAGUUUUAUGAAAAUAAUUAUGGUGGUCGACAAAAUAAUCCUUUUCGUGGAAGAGCAAAUGAAAAUAACCACCAGCAGAAAAAGUCCUCAAAUUACUUGGACGCGCGUCGGGAACAACGUGAGUUAAUCGGCAUAGAAGGCACUGCUGAUGUGUGGAGUAAGAGUCCUGCGCAUGCCGAUGUUUUUUCAGAUGAUGAUCAGGAUGAUCCAGAUGUAAAAAUUCUAGAUGGCACGUACAAAAAGCCGAAAAAGAAGAAGAGUAAGAGUAAAAAGAAAAAAUCGAAAAAAUCAAAAAAGCACAAGAGCAGCAGUAAGAAAAAAUCAAAAACUAAACACAGCAAAAAGAAAAAAACAUCCAGCUCUAGUGAUAUAUCAAGUUCGAGUUCGUCCUCUUCAUCCGAAGAAAGCUCGAGCAGCGACAGUUCAGAUAGUGACAUAUCUUCAGAUUCUGAAAACGAAGAUACAGGGACUUGGUUGGAAAAGACUGUUGAUGGUGUUAAACCCGUUAAAAAGAAAACGAAAACCAAGAAAACAAAAAAGCAUAAGAAAAAUAAAAAACGUUCCAGAAAGGAAGCUUACAAAUCUAACGGAAGUAGGCCCGGAACUUCAAAAGAACUUAACGUUGGUGGUGAAGAGUUUGGGCCAACCUUGCGGCAAACUAGCGGCUUAAGUCAAAAAGAUUUCGGACGAGCGCUGUUACCUGGUGAAGGUGCGGCCAUGGCAGCAUACAUAGCAGAAGGAAAACGUAUACCACGGAGAGGUGAAAUCGGUCUGACUUCCGAGGAGAUUGCUAACUUCGAAUCCGUUGGUUAUGUAAUGAGCGGUAGUAGACAUCGUCGUAUGGAAGCCGUACGUAUACGUAAGGAAAAUCAAAUCUAUUCAGCAGAUGAAAAGCGUGCUUUGGCUAUGUUUAGUAAAGAGGAGCGACAAAAGCGUGAAAAUAAAAUUUUGUCACAAUUCAAAGAUAUGAUUAACUCCAAGUUACACGCUAAGGAGAAGAAAUAAAAUAACAUAAAUAUAGCUUUGUGUAAUUAGAAAACUAAACGUAGCUUCUUUAUAAUGGUAGAAAUAUGUCAUUAACAAAUAAAAGUGAUUUUGAAUUAGA